UCCUCCUCCAGCUAAACCUGAACCUGAUUGAAAAUCCAUUUUCAAUCACAACUGUGGCCUGAAACUCCCGUGUCUGUGUGUGUGUAGGAUCCCCCCCUCAGCGUGGGGGCGUACCACUCCACUCCACCAUCCAUGCUGCUAAUCCCUGGCUCCUGGUAGCAGAGAUGGAGUCGCUAAUGAACGCGGUGACCCCGCGCUCACCGGCCCCCGUCAAGAAGCUGUCCGAGGUGGACUUCCGCUCCGGCGCCACCCUGGAGCAGCUGUCGGCGCAGGUGUCGGAGCUGGUGCUGCUGGAGCAGGGGGAGUUCGGAGACCAGACCGCCUUGGAGGUCCACACGGCCAAGGACUUCAUCUUCAACAUGCUCGGUUUAGUCCAGAAGGUGGACCAGCGCCUCCCGGUGGCCAACGAGUACCUCCUCCUGUCAGGCGGGGCCCGGGAAGGCGUCCUGGACCUCAACCCGGAGGACCUGGGGGAGUACGCCAAGGGGGCCGACUUCGACCUGGACUUCACGCUGCUGGUGCCCGCCCUGAAGCUCCACGACCGCAACCAGCCGGUGACGCUGGACAUGAGGCACUCGCCGCCGUGCCACUCGUGGCUCAGCCUGCGCCUGUGCGACUCCAACGUCCUGUCGCGCUGGGGCAUCUGCUGCCAGGAGGAGAACGGGCUCCCCGAGGACGAGGAGGAGGAGGAGGAGGAGGAGAUGGCUAAGGGCUCCAUCCCCUCCCUGGGCUCUCCUCAGGCCCUGGACGGCUGCUACUUCUCCCCCAGCUUGGUGACGGACUGGUUCUGGCGGGUGGUGAGCGAGGCGGUGGCCGAGCUGAGGCGCAGCCCCCAGAGAGGCAUCCCGACCCCCGAGCGGCUGGAGCGGAACGGACCCCUGACCACCAUCAUCCUUCAGGCGGGCUCCAGCCGGGUUCUGUACGACCUGCUGCCGGUGGUCUCCUUCCGCGGCUGGCCCGCCGUGGCCCAGGGCUGGCUGACGGCCAACCACUUCUGGGACGGCAAAAUCACCGAGGAGGAGGCCAUAUCCGGCUUCUACCUGCUGCCCUGCUGCUCCCCGCUGGGCGGCCGGCCCGACCGGGAGUGGAGGCUGGCCUUCUCGCGCACCGAGGUGCAGCUGAAGAAGUGCAUCCCCUUCCCCAUGGCGCAGGCGUUCCAGGCGGCCAAGGCGGUGCUGUCCCGCAUCCUGGCGCGCCCUCGCACGGGCCUCAGCCUCUACCACCUGCGCACGCUCCUGUUCUGGGCCUGCGACCGGCUCCCCGGGGCCUACCUGUCCUGCGCCGAGCCGGACACCCCCGGCCGCCUCCUCCUGGGCCUCCUGGACGACCUGGCCCACUGCAUCCUGGGCAAGAGCUGCCCCAACUACUUCCUGCCCCAGUGCAACAUGCUGGAGCACCUGAGCGACGGCCAGGCGCUGCUGGUGGCCCGCAAGCUGGCCCACGUGCGCUCGGACCCCAGCGAACACCUGCGCGCGGCCCUGGACCAGGCCCAGCAGGCGGGCCAGCUGAAGAAGGAGCUGACGGCCGGCGGCGCCACCAACGGCGCGGGCUCGCCGGGCCCUCACCCGGCCAACGGCAUCAUCUCGCCGUCCGAGGACAAGCUCGCCCAGCGGCUGCAGCAGCUGGUCACCGAGAACCCCGGCAAGUCCAUCUCGGUCUUCCUGAACCCCGACGACGUGUCCAGGCCCCACUUCCGCAUCGACGACAAGUUCUACUGAGGUACCGCGACUCUGCUGCUCCGUCAGGUCUUAAAAACCAAAAAAAUAAAAGAACGAAAAAAACGAAUUUCCUCAUAAAUAAAACAUGAAUCCAACUAACAGGAUAUCACCUAGCUUUGUCUCCUAACGAGCUGGCCUUAAGGAGACCAGACGGCUGUAGCUUGGUUUUGGCUCUUUCAGAGACGGCGUGUCCGCGUUUUGGCCUUAGGGGAGUCCAGACUUGACGCACCCGUCCGCAGGAACCUCCCGGUUCAACGCAUUUCCGCCCUCUUCGCUUGCUUCACACGGCGGCAGGAGACGGACGAGGAGGAAAAGGAGCCGAUUGUAACGCUGGGAGGAGAGCUGCAGAGCCUUUUGAGCAAAGAGUCUCUUUUUUAGACUGCUUUCUGUUAUUCACACUCGGUUUGUGCGACUCUUUGUUUCACUUUUCUCAGGUAUGCACAGCAUUUUGAACCCCCCUGCACCCCAAAAAAAUAAAAAAAAAGCCUGCAACAACAUUUCACGUCAUUCAAAUUAGCCGGAACGUACCAAAGAGCCGUGAAUUGAUCGGCUUCACAUGACAAAGGAAGAGACGAUUCGACGUACGUGUAGAUUUCCCUCCUCCCAACGUCUGGGGCGACUCGGCUGCGGCGCAUCAAUUCAGCGGCAGGAUCAGCUCAUCUCGCGGGAAUCGGCAAAACAAAUCCGUUCGCUCCAAAAGGCAAAUGGAUAAAUGAACGUCUUUCUGAACCGGAGGAAGUGAUUCUAGCGGAUUUUCAUUUUGAACUUCCUCUGAUGGGUUUAAACGGCUCUGCAGAGAAACGUUAAACUUUAAAAAAAAAAAUCAAACCUAUGAGCUUUGAAAUUAAUUUAUUUUUUAUUUUUUUGUAUUUCACAUCAUGAAAAGUGUAUUUCCUGUACAUUCAUGCUGGUUGUGACUUUCCCCCUGCAUGAAAAAAUCAUUUUUCUGCCAUUGGAAAGUAUUUAA